CCGAAACGACAAAGGGCGUACUCAAUUCAAGAAAAUUUCCUAACUGAAUCUGACCGAAACUGAAGUCAGGUAACCUCACAAAAGUCCUGGCAUACAUGUCUACUUCCUAGCCACCUGUUUCCUCAGCGUGAUUCCUGCCUGCCCCAGUGAACCCUAUCUUACAGCUGUAGCAUGCAUUUUUCUGCCUCAUGUUUACAGCACUGGAUAUCAAGAUUUACCCCUCCACAGUAAUAAGUACAGCACAGAUAUCAAGAUUCACCGCAGUUGAGGAUCAACCUUCCGAUCAGGUUAUUCGACUCUCCGAGAGGACCACUCAAAAGUUAUCGGAAAGUUCAUUCCAGAUGAAGUGCAACAACAGUGAUGAGGGUAUAGUGAUGGUGAUGGUGAUAUGAUCUGAAAGAGAUGGAAAAACACAUACGCCCACAAAUAGCGUACAUCCACAGUCAUAAACACUCCCUUCAUAGAUGGUGAUGGUGAUGGUGAUGGUGAUGGUGAUGGUGAUGGUGAUGGUGAUGGUGAUGGCGAUGACGAUGAUGAUGACGGACUACCUUCAUAGAUGGUGAUGGCGAUGGUGAUGGUGAUGGUGAUGGUGAUGGUGAUGGUGAUAUGGCGAUGGCGAUGGCGAUGACAAGGACGAUGAGCGGACUACCUUCAUAGAUGGUGAUGGUGAUGGUGAUGGUGAUGGCCAUGGCCAUGGCUAUGGCUACUGCAAGGGCGAGGGCGAGGGCGAGGGCGAGGGCGAGGGCGAGGGCGAGGGUGAUGGCGAUGGCGAUGGCGAUGGUGAGGAUGAUGUGAUAGUGCUAUGGUCUGCAAGAGCUGGAAAUCAUAAGCCCAUAGAAAAAACGUAAGCCCACAAAUAGCAUACAUCCACAGUCAUAACACUCCCUUCAUAGAUGGUGAUGGUGACGGUGAUGGCUCGUGAUGGCAGACUCCCUUUAUAGAUGGUGAUGGUGAUGGUGAUGGUGAUGGUGAUGGUGAUGGUAGUGGCCAUGGCUAUGGCUAUGGCUAUGGCUGUUGCUGUGGCUGUGGCUAUGGCUAUGGCUAUGGCUAUGGUGAUGGUGAUGGUGAUGGUGAUGGUGAUGGUGAUGGCUAUGGCUAUGGUGAUGGUGAUGGUGAUGGUGAUGGCUAUGGCUAUGGUGAUGGUGAUGGUGAUGGUGAUGGUGAUGGUGAUGGCUAUGGCUAUGGUGCAUUGGUAAUGGCGAUUCUGCAAAAACUGGAAAACAUAAGCCCAUAACAGAA